AUGAUAGUAAAGCAUUGGUUGGAAUCGUCACCUUCUCACUGGCAGGUCUUCGUAGCGAAUCGGGUAUCGGAGAUCCAGCACCUUACCAAAGAUGGAGUAUGGGGUCACGUAGCAGGGAUCGAGAAUCCUGCUGACCUGAUAUCUCGUGGAAUGUCACCGGCUCAGCUCCAGUAUCAAAUGCUCUGGUUUGAAGGUCCGAUUUGGUUAUCUCAAGAACAAGGUUUCUGGCGACGUUCAGAAGAGGUACUCACGGAGAAGUUUGAUUCAUCGUUGUUAGAAGAACUAAGGCUCGUAGCGUACCUUCUUCGGUUCAAGCACAACGCGCAGUGCAGCAAUAAACAGUCCAGGAGAAUUGGAUUCCUUUCCCUCCAGGAACAGGAGGACGCUACGUUAAAUUUGGUUCGUUUAUCCCAGCAAGAAAGCUUCUCAGCAGAAUUGCAAGAUCUUGCGAAGCAAGGUCACGUGAGAGAUUCGUCUUCAAUAAUAUCACUCAACCCUCAACUAAUCGACGGCGUGAUGCGCGUCGGCGGCCGGCUUGCUAAGCCAUUCAUGUCACAAGAGCGAAAACACCCGUACAUCCUACACCACAGCCAUCCGCUAGCAACGAUGAUCGUCAGGUACUACCACCAAAGGCUGUUUCAUGCGGGACAGCAAUUACUCAUCUCGUCAGUGCGGGGCAAGUUCUGGCCAGUUCACAUACACAGUUUGGCGAGGAAGGUGAUUCACGACUGCAUUCCGUGUUUCAGAAACAAACCAAAAAUCUCUGAGCAAAUUAUGGCAGACCUUCCUUCGGCAAGAGUCAACCCCGCGCCACCGUUCCUGAAGGUCGGAGUAGACUACUGCGGUCCUUUCCAGAUUAGUUAUCCAAAUCGACGAGCGCGUCCUGUAAAAUGCUAUGUGGCGAUAUUUGUUUGCCUAGUCGUGAAGGCUGUCCAUUUGGAGUUGGUUUCGGACCUAACAACGCAAGCGUUUCUAGCGGCACUGAAACGUUUCGCUGCUCGGCGCGGCAGGCCUCAACUGAUAAUGUGUGACAAUGCAACAACAUUUGUCGGAGCUAAACGUGAGCUCACAGAGCUGCAUCGACUCUUCCACAGUCAACAAUUCCAGGAAACUAUAGUCAAGCACACGAGCGAUGACGGCAUCGAGUUUCGUUUCAUCCCCCCACGCACACCAAACUUCGGCGGCCUGUGGGAAGCGCAGGUCAAAAGUUUCAAGAGUCAUUUUCGGAAAACAAUCGGAAUCAAAGUGCUAAACGUAGAUGAAAUGACUACUGCAUUGACGCAGAUAGAAGCGGUUUUGAACUCCCGACCACUCAUGCCGGUCAGUAGUGACCCCACCGAUUAUGAAGCAUUGACGCCUGGUCACUUCCUGGUGCAGCGUCCACUAACAGCUAUCCCAGAGCCAGAUUUGCAGGAAGUACCAAGCAACCGCUUGACCAUAUGGCAGAGAGCCCAAUGUUUAACACAGCAGAUUUGGAAGAAGUGGUCUACGCAGUAUCUCUCUGAUCUACACAACCGCACAAAGUGGACCAAAGAACGAAAUAAUAUCUCAAUUGGUUCGAUGGUCCUACUUAAAGAAGAAAACGCACCCCCUCUGAAAUGGCAUUUGGAACGUGUAUUCUACGAAACCAAUCGACAAAGAAGUAUUCAGCACUGCACGCAGCAGCAUAUCAACAUCCCAAUCAUCACGAAGCAGCACAAUCAGGCAUCUAGUAGCAGCAUAACCAUGCGAACAAGCGUGGUAUUACGCAUCACCGUCAGGACGCGGUACAAAAUCGGUAUCAUCGAGCAGCAGUACAGUGUUUCGAUCUAA